ACGCGGCGUCUCUCACUGCCACUUCUGUUCCAGCACACGCAUGAGAAAGCUGCGGAGCCAGAAAGCAGGCCCGCCGGCCGCCGCCGCCUCCCUCCGCUUCGCCGCGCUCCUCCAGUCGUGCGGCCGCACCGGAGACAUCCGCCGAGGCCGCGCCCUACACGCGCGCCUCCUGCUCACCGGCGCGGCCGCCGCGUCCACCUUCCUCGCCAACCACCUCAUCACCAUGUACUCCCACUGCGCCGACGCGGUCUCCGCCGUCCGCGUGUUCGGCGUCGUGCCCCGCCCCAACCUCGUCUCCUGGACGACGCUCGUCUCGGGUCUCGUCCAGAACUCCAUGCACCACGACGCGCUCGCCGCCUUCGCCGCCAUGCGCCGUGCGCAUAUCGCCCCCACUCAGUUCGCGCUCUCCAGCGCCGCGCGCGCCGCGGCCGCACUCUCCGCCCCGCGCCCCGGCACGCAGCUGCACUGCAUCGGCAUCAGGCUUGGCUUCGACAAUGAGCUCUUCGUCGCGAGCAACCUCGCGGACAUGUACUCCAAGUGCGGCCUCCUUCACGAGGCGUGUAGGGUGUUCGAUCAAAUGCCGCAAAAGGAUGCUGUCACCUGGACUACCAUGAUCGAUGGCUACGCGAAGAACGGGAGCCUAGAGGCCGCCAUUCUGAUUUUUCGGGAUAUGAAAUGUGAGGGCCUGGUUGGAGCUGACCAACAUGUCUUCUGCAGUGCAUUGAGUGCAUCGGGAGGGCUCAAGGAUGGAUGGUUUGGUCGAAGCCUGCACUGUUGUAUAAUUAAGGCUGGGUUUGAACUGGAGACUGUUGUGAGGAAUGCGUUACUGGACAUGUAUGCUAAGUCUGGGGAUUUGGAGAAUGCCUCUCGUGUGGUGAGUAUUGAUCCUGGAGGUUGGAAUGUUGUGUCAGCUACCUCACUGAUUGACGGUUACGUUGAGGCAGGUCGUAUUGAGGAGGCUCUUGAGACAUAUACUGAGUUGGGGAGGCAAGGUGUUGAGCCCAAUGAAUUCACUUUUGCGAGCAUGAUUAAGGGCUGUGCCAUGCAUGAUCUGCUCGAACAAGGUGCCCAGCUGCAUGCUCAAGUGCUCAAGACAAAUUUGAUCAGUGACUCAUUUGUUGGUUCCACCCUUGUGUAUAUGUAUGGAAAUUGUGGCCUCAUUAGUUUGUCCCUUCAGUUAUUUAAUGAGAUUGGAUACCGUACUGAGAUUGCCUGGAAUGCGGUUAUAAAUGUUUAUGCGCAGCACGGUCAUGGGUGGGGAGCAAUCCAAGCUUUUGAUAGGAUGACCUCAAGUGGUAUCAGGCCAAAUCACAUUACAUUUGUCUGCCUGCUGACUGCAUGCAGUCAUGCUGGAUUAGUGGACGAAGGACUGGGAUAUUUCCACUCCAUGAAGGAUGCACAUGGUAUUGAGCCUAAAGCAGAACAUUAUUCAUGUAUCAUUGAUAUGUAUGGUCGAGCUGGGAGACUAGAUGAAGCAGAAAAAUUCAUAAGUGAGAUGCCAGUCAAACCCAGUGCUUAUGCUUGGUGCUCCUUGCUUGGAGCAUGCCGUAUGCAAGGAAACAAGGAGUUGGGAGAGGUUGCUGCUCAGAAUCUUAUGAAACUUGAUCCAAAUAACACCGGUAUUCACAUAUCCCUUUCUGGGAUAUACACAUCAUUGGGCCAAUGGGAGGAUGUGAAGGCAGUCAAGAAGUCAAUGAAGGAUAUCAGUAUUAAAAAGCUGCCUGGUUUUAGCUAGGUCGAUGCUAACAAGAAAACACGUGUGUUUGGAUCUGAGGUUUAGUCACACUCACUCACAGCAAGAGCAGAUAUAUAAAAAACUUGAGAAACUCUCCAAAAGGAUAAAGGAGGAAGGUUAUGUGGCAGACAUAAUCUCCUUGCCACUUUACCUUGAAGAUAGAAAAAAAAACGAGAGGCUUCUGCACUAUCACAGUGAGAGAAUGGCCGUUACUUUUGCUUGGAUUAGCAUGCCAGCUACAAAACCAAUCAUUGUGAAGAAGAAUUUGCAGAUUUGUGUAGACUGCCAUUCUGCAUUGAAGUUCAUUUCUAAGGUAGAAAGCAGGUAUAUUAUUGUUAGACAUAAUUCUAAGGUUCCACCAUUUUGUGAAUGUGAGGUGUUCCUGUGGAGAUUACUGAUGAUUAACUCUUAUCCACCACUUCUUUCUUCCAUCGGCAUAGAGAGGAUACAGUUCACAUUCUUGCCAG